UUACAAUCUAACCAAAUCAUUGGAUUCAGGUGUUCCAAUCACCUCCAUGGCCACAGAUGUAUAAAAUCAAGCACCUAGGCAUGCAGACUGCUUCUACAAACAUUUGUGAAAGAAUGGGUCGCUCUCAGAAGCUCUGUGAAUUCAAACAUGGUGCCGUAAUAGGUUGCCACCUGUGCAAUAAGUCCACCCAUGAAAUUUCCUGGCUACUAAAUAGUCCACGGUCAACUGUUAAUGGUUUUAUAACAAAGUGGAAGCAACUGGGAACAACAGCAUCUCAGCCCACCGCCACUGGACUCUAGAACAGUGGAGACAUGUUCUCUGGAGUAAAGAAUCACGCUUCUCUGUCUGGCAAUCCGAUGGACGUGUCUGGGCUUGGCGGUUGCCAGGUGGACAGUACCUGACUGCAUUGUGCCAAGUGUAA